AUAUAGGCUACGUGAAGUUCUUGGCCUGGGUAAUAUGAGUUUCCAGUGAUGUUUGAGAGCAUAUGAAUAUUAAGGUAAGUAUAUCAUGAUCAUUUCCUAUUGAUAAAAAAUUAUUUCUACAUAAGGAAUGUAUAACUCUCAUGACAUAUCCCUUCUAUAUAAGGAAUAUAGAUAACUCUCAGGAUAAAUAAAUUAAGGCCAAGAAAAAUCGUACAGUAUUAUAUAUGUAUUAUUAUAUUAUCUUGAUUGCAAGUAACUAAAAUUGAUAUAUAAAUUGAGCUAACGCACGGUUGUUUACCGGUUUUAUGUUCAUAGCAUUUCAAAACUAUAAUAUCUGACCAUUCGUACAAUUAUAGGAAAAUUUUGAAUUGAACAUAAUCCGAAUAUCACAUUUCUCAUGACCAUUAAACUAAAAAGUCUGCCACAUGGACUGACCAUGCUUUGCACUCUACUUAUAUAGUAUAUGAAGAAUGCUUGCAGACUGUAAGCAUGUCAGUUUUCGCGUUUUCACAUAUGUCAUAUAUGCAGAAUGAUCGAAGAACGUAAUAUAUAUAUAAUCGACAAAAUGACUGUUUCAACGCUAACGAGUAACGUCAUGCAUUCGUUAAUUUCCAACAUAAUAAGUAAGCCAAUUCAAUCGAUUGAUUGAGAAGACUAUAUAAGAUUAGAAGAAUAUAACAGGCUAUUUGUAUUAAAAAUUUAACAAGCUUUCGUUGGUAAGGAUGCAACUAUAUACCUGAAAAUAUAUAAGAAUUACAUAUUUUCUUAGAUUUUCAGCUAUCCCUACCAACGAAAGCUUAUUCAUUUUAUUGUGCAUUGGCACUAUAUAUAUAUAUAGGCUACCUAUGGCUAUACACUGGCAACGACAGCUCAAUAUUAUAAAUUUACUAUUCGGCCUGCAUGAAGAUUCACUAUUCCCUUAUUUCUCUCAGAGCGAGCGUGUUCACAGGCUGAUGUCUCAGCAUUUGCAGAGGUAUAUUAGUAUAUUAAUAUAUACGUAAGCCUUGAGACAACUUGAACUAAAGAUCAUCAAAUAAACAUAACAAACACUUCUGUUGUUAUCUUGCGGGCUUUUAUUAAUGCUUCAAUAAUCUACCAAAUGCAUUAUAUCUAUAUGUCUGUUAUGCAUUAGGUUAUUGCCGUCGUUAGUCAGUUAUGUGCAAAAGUUUAAAUUACCUGACUACAAAAUAAAUAAGUCAGGAAGCGAAAAAACUACAAAAUCAUGCAACAAAGCUUUACAACUGAACUGGAUUAUAGGGCACUGAGAGACUGCCGGUACACAGCAAAAUUGAGAAUUCUUACCUAGAGGCUAGAAAAAAAUUCUUGCAAAAUUCUUAUUUUAAGCAAUAUUUUGCUUAAUUUAAAAUAAGAAAAACGAGAGAAAUAUUCUUAUCAAGAAUUAAUUUUACUUAAAAUAAGUAAAAUAAUUUUUCUAAGCAAGAAUAAUUGUUUUCUUAAUUAAAACAAGCAAAAGUUCUUGCUUAUAUUCUUACCAAGAAUAUCUAUAUACUUAAAACAGGCAAAACGUCUUGCUAUAUUCUAGACAAGAAUAAUUGCGGGCCUAAAACAGUCAUUGGUUCUUGUUGAUAUUCUAUUCAAGACAAGACUAAUUUGUUUUCUUAAGCCAAGAGUCUCAUCACUAUCAGGAUGAGGAAUAUUUGUUCUCUUAAAAGAAGCAAAAUUGCCGUUUGAUAAGCUUACUAAGAUUAUUUGUUUUAUACAGUGGUUAUAAAACAAGCAAAGUUUCUGUCUAAAUCCUUGACAAGAAUGAUUUGUUUUCUUGAAACGUGUAAGAGGCGCGAUACCCCCGCCAGCGAAUUAAGUUGCAGUAUUGUAUGUAUCAUUCAUAAAUUAUACGCAUUCAAUUCGGACACGCGACAAACGUUUGUUGAUUUCUCAUGGAGAUGUAAUCAAAAUUUAAUCAAUUUGGCCUUGCAUGGGUAAUGUCAUGCAUUAUUAUAGUGAUUAGUCCCACAACUUUUUUGUAUCAAUACUGUGAGAUUUUGUAAGUUAUCGUGCUGACAGACAAACACACACGCAUAUAUACACAAACGCGGAGGAAAACAUAACCUCCUGGCAGAGGUAUUAACGUACUACCAUGAUAAAACUGAUACCAACCAGUUUUUUCCUACUAAUUUGGAAAUGAUGAAAUUUUUACCGUCAGACACACAUAGUUGGCACGUAAUAACGGGAUAACUAAAUUUCGAGACCUGACUGAUUAUCUAAAUUAAGUGUUCAUUCCAUUUUAAUUUUCUUUAACAUUCGUUUCUUCUGUCUAUGCAGAUGACAUCUACAAAACAGAAACCGACCACACGUGAAAAAACGGAUGACGAUAUUUUCAUAGAAGAAUUUGCAAAAGAUUUCUUUGGAACGGAUCAAUCCGAUAACGAUUCUUCGCCAUCCGAAAAGGCUGAAGUGAACCGAACAGACUAUAAAAAAGGAAAACGCAAAUAUAAAGAAACAUAUAUUCCAAAGACGCACAAUACUGACGGCAAAAAGAGCGAAAGAAAAUUGGAGAGUCAUGGAAAUGCGUUGAAGAACAACAAUAGGCACUCAUCUCAUAUCGUAUACCCUAGUGACUCAAGACAAUCUUUGACGAAACGAUUCAUUGAGCUUAGAGACGAAUUUCUCUCUUUAUCUGACAGACUAUAUGAUGCAAGCAUGCCAAAGGUUUCCAAGAAACUAACCCAGGUUCUCACUGAAAGACAAAGGCUCGUGAAAUUAUUACUUGAUAUGGAUGCGACUCCUCCGUCUAAUUCGGACUUUAUUCCUGGAAAUGAUGAAAAGAGGUUCCAUGAUCAAUCGGGAUCAUCAAGAAAUGGAGUUUCUAGGCAGGAAUUUGAAAUGCCGAAGAAAACAAAAAGCGUGCACUGGAGUGACGAGCAUUUGGGUGGGAGCAUUAUACUAGACCCUUCAGUUUAUUCUAAUACCACUUCUAAUUCCAGUUUAAGUCAGGUCCAAAGGACAGGAAGGUAUAACGAAAAUAUUUCUAAACCACCACCUACAUAUAAAAUGGUCGACAGUUACACACAGACAUGUUGUAGCCGUGAAAGUCAAACGGACAGUCGACAUGAUUUGAACCAUUGUUAUUGUGAUAUGAAAAUUGAUGAUGAAAUGGAAUAUGUGAAAGCGAUAUUGGAUGAGGCCGCUGAACUCAGGCGUGAGGCUUGUUGUAUGAUAUGGCGGGCACAUUAUUUGGAACAACUAUGUGACGUUGAUGGUCUGGUAAAGCACGUUUACCGUUCAACAUCAAAUGAACCAACGCUACCACGUUAUUCACAUUUGUAUAGAUAAUUUUAAUGUAUAUUACGUGCAUCUGACAAUGUAGGCUAUAAGGGAGUGUUCAUUAUUUAUACCCGGGGUUGGUACCGAAGAGAAACUAAUCGAAAAAGGGAAGAAAACAACCACCCACCCUUUCGGUCAACCAUUUUUUCCCCUACCCAACUAUUGCAUGACUUGGAUUUUUAUUUUACCCAACUCAAUUUCAAAAUUAUACAAGUAUUUUACAUAUAUACAUAUAUAGGCUAUAUUAUUAUAUAAGCUAGGCCACUAUAGUAUAAACAAUGCUAUGCAUUUAAAUAUGCUGUGAAAUGGAAUGAUGAUGAUGAUGAAAUGGAAUAUGUUGAUGGAAUAUGAUGAUAAAAUGGAAUUGAUGAUGAAAUGGAAUAUGUGAAAGCGAUAUUGGAUGAGGCCGCUGAACUCAGGCGUGAGGCUUGUUGUAUGAUAUGCACUAACUGAAUGUCAAAUAUAAUCAUUUGUACCUUCACAAGUUCAUAUUAUGUUCCCAAGCCUCCAAGUUCCUGCAGCCCUACCAUAUCUCGUUGUUGUAAUCAGAGGGGAUGGGGAGUUUGAAUUUAGUUUUCUUUGUGGGGAAUGAAUGGAUAUUUCCAUAUUUUGUUCAAUUCAAGGUUUGUAUUGAAAAUAAUUUGCCCAACCAUAGGCUUUGUUAAAAAAAUAUUUACCCAACCCUUCAUACCCCAGAAAAAUGGCUUACCCAACCCAUUUCUCUUCGGUACCAACCAUAGAUAUAAAUAAUGAACACUCCCUAAUGGAAAAUUUUCGCGAUCGGAAGGGGGAAACAAUGUAUAGACUGUAACGUGUCUGUGUAUACAUGUAUAAUUGUUAUAUAGCUAGGGUGAACACCAUGGCCAAACGUGAUUGCAUGGCUGAUUUGUGGUCACGUGGCUUUAGAUCAUGCAAUGUAUCCCGCCAGGAAAAAAGUGAAAAAUUGUUGCCCGCCCCGAUCUGCCACGUACAUAUAAAUAAACAAAACCCGCAUGUUUGUAAACUACGAUUUUCCAAGUUUUUUCGGUUAAAAUAAAGAAUCGGCAAAAGAGACGAAGAAAAAUACACAACAUCAUAUGCUGCUGAAACUGUUUAAGUAGGUUCUUUUAACUUUAAACUUUGUUUUCACUAUAGAGUAAAGGUUUUUGUCAUGAAAUACAAUCAUUUUAUAACAAAAAACUUAAUCUGUUCCCUCGGAAAAUAGUUUUAGUUUUGUUUCCUGUCAAUUCUCAAUGUUGAGACUCUCGGGGGGAAAAAACUAACUAUUUCCCUCGGCAGCAGGCAUUAAGUGUAUAUUGUAGCCUGGACAACCUGUCAAACUUUACAUAAAAAUGCUUGCAUAUUUUCC